AUGGAGGAGGAUGAGACUCUGUGGAGGACCCUGAAGAGGGAAAAGCUGAAAGAAGAAGACAAAGUGUUUGAGUGUGCCUACGCUCGGCUGGUCAUGCCAUGGUACGGCGUCCCCGAGCCCUGCGAGCACCAGCCUCUGCACAUGUUGCUCAGCAAGGAGUUUGACUUCGUAAUUGACCGCAUCAUUGAGAGGUCCAGAGACUUUGACGUCUGCCAGGCGGUGGUGGGCUCCAUUAGGAUUCUGACCCAGCACUUGCAUAAUGCUAAGCAGCCCGACAGAGAGCUCUUUUUCAGCUCCUUGACUGUGGAAAUGGAAGUUCUCAGAGAGCUUUCCGAUGCACUGAUACGCAACCUUUUGCCCAAUUCUUUCUGGAGGCAAGAACUCAACCGUUGUGCCUUAAAUGAGAUUGUUGCCGUAAAGGGGUUAGGGCUGUUGGUGAACUGGCUGUCUGACCCCGACAAUCUGAACCAGCUGGUGGUGAAUCAGCUCGACAGCGUUGCCCUGAAGAGAUCUGCAGAGGAGCAGCGUGCAUCUGACCCAGAUCGGGCCUCUCUUGCUUCACAGGAGGGUGACAGCGACGGUGAAUUGAGCAUGCAUGGAGUCGAGAAUUCAACAGGCUUUGAUGUCCGAUGCAAAAGGAGAGGCAAGAGAAUAAGGGCAGGAUGGUGCAAAUUUUUGGACAAGAUGAAGACUAGGAAAGCCAAGAAGAAGAAAAUGAAAAAGAUGGAGCAGGACCUACUUAUGACAAUCAUGGCGGCCCAGAGGAACACGUCCGAGGACAAUGCCAGCAGCAGAAGUGGAUCAUUUCUCAACCGAGAUGACUCUGAAAGGGACGACAGCGAUCUGGAGGACUACCUGGCAAGCGUCCAAGAGGACCUGAUAGAAUUCAAGUUGUCUUAUGAGAUGUGGCGUGUUGGCUGCUGGACCGUCAGCAUCCCUCAUGUUGACUUGGAGGAAGAGGAGUUGACCUUUACUGUGCACUUGGAGGAAAAAGACAGCCCUGAAAAUUUACAAUGGGACGUCAAGAAGACCUACAUGGAUGUUGUUCAUUUCCGCAACAGAUGGCAGGACUCAACCAGCCUUCCUACAAUCUUAAAGCUGGAGGAGUCCAACGUUAACGAUGAGGUUAAAGAAGAGGCCAGAACUUCAGUUGAACACUUCCUGCAGGAAUUGGUUUCAGAUGAAGCGAUUGGCCACAGUCAGCCUGUUUUUCAGUUCUUGUGUCCUCUUGACAAACUGCUGAAUGAAGAGGAGCAUUAUGAAGGCGUGUGGGGCCUGCUCAGUGGCUUGGCCUACUUCCUCACUCCAGGCCAAGAAGAAGAGGAGAACUCUAACUCACAGACAGAAGUCCCUAAAGAAAACCCAGCGCCAGAUCCACAUCCAGAACCCACAACACUUGCUGUAGAGAACCAUUAUAAUUCUACAGAGGACGGCAGAGACUUCCCUAGUUCUCCAUUCCCAACUAUUGUUGUCUCCCAGUAUAAUUCGCCUCCACAGCAGCCGGAGGAGGCAGAAACAAAUCCUGCUCUACAGCCUGCUGUUUACUCCUGCUCUUCACAUAAAAACUGCUCCCAAGACAAAUCAGAGGACUGUGAUAACACCUUUACAUCUCACUUUAAAAUGGUCAUCAAAGGACUGACCAGAUCCAGGUCGCAAGAGUCUCUGGCAAAGUGCAGCUGCGAUGAGGAGCAGCUUGACGAAACGGCAGGCUUGCAGCAGGAGGGCGUAGAGGGGCAGCCGUGGCUCAGUUUCAGCGCAAAGCUGAAUAAAAAGGAGAAGAUGGGUUUCCGAACGUCAGCAGGAGCAAACAAGACCAAAGGAAAGGAGACUCAGGGCGCUCUGCAGAGAGGAGACGAGUCUCAGAGAGGCCAAGCUAACUGGGAGCAGCUGGAGGCAACCAAAGCAAUAUUUGAUCUGCUGAAAGAAAUAUCUGGCAACUCCAUUCUCAUGAACAUCUUUGAUGCCAUUUUGAAACCCGUCAUGCCCAUCUUAAAGAAAAAGGUGAACACUUUCCUAAACAAGUUGAACCCAUCAGAAGAGCAGAUGACUGCAUACAUCAACGCCCUGUGUAAUAAAUUGCGGCCGGGGACUGAACACUCGGCAUUGCCUCUUCCUCCUCUUCCUCCUCGCUCCGAUGAGGAGAAGAAAGAAACCAAAGAUCGAGCGCACAACCUCAUCAACGCCCGAUAUUCCAGGUACCUUGUGCUGAAGAAGACUGAUGUGGAGUCAGUUUUUAAUAUUUUCCAGAACAUUGCUCCUCCAGACCAGCAGGUGGCGCGCCGGGGUUGGACGCAGUAUCCACCCUCUUCUUUGCUUUUCAACAUGUCUGCGCCCUGUAGGAUGCUGCUGACGGCGUGA